UUUUGAUGUGUUGUUCCCAGCACUUCAAAAUGCACAAAUAGGUAUAUGUUGCUUGAACAAAAGUAAACCUCGACACUCGAUUGGUCGUAGGCUAUUUUCAAGCUUGCGAGGCUUUUGAAACAGUCCCGCGACUGCUUUGAAGGAGGGAACUCGGGGAACGGAACGGACACCAACUGUCAUCUGCGCGAUGGCGGCGUCUGCUUCAGCUUCUGCUGCUGGCUGCUUUUUGAACAGCUGCAGAAGCGGAGCUGCAACCACGGACCGGCUUCUUAGCCGGGGUUGUCUUUCUACUUUGCGACAAUGGCCCCUUCUUUGCGUUCACGACAAAGUGCUUUUUCAAAGAAAGAUGUCAAAAAACUGGCAGCGAAAAAAACGCCUCUACAAAAAAAUGAAGAUGUUCCAGUAUCCCCACACCCAUCAGAGAUAGGACUUGUAUAUCCUCGAGCUGACAUGGCUUUCAAAGUCUUGUUAACAGCUCGAUUUUGUGCUGCAAUAUGGAGCAAUAUUUCUGAUUGUGACGAGACAUACAAUUUUUGGGAACCGAGUCACUUUAUGCUUUAUGGGAAAGGAUUUCAGACAUGGGAGUAUUCUCCUGAAUUUGCUCUGAGGUCCUAUACAUAUAUUAUGGUGAACAUGUUCCCUGCGUGGGUGUACUCACAACUUUUUCAAACAAACAGAAUGCUUACUUUUUACUUUUCACGAUGCCUUUUUGCUUUUGUGUGUGCCCAGUGUGAACUCUAUUUUUACAAGGCAGUUUGUAGAGAGUUUGGAGUGGCUAUUGGUCGUUUGACUCUUGCCUUUCUAUUAUUAAGUGCUGGUAUGUUUAUAUCGAGUUCAGCAUUUCUACCAUCCACUUUUUCAAUGUAUAUAACACUUCUAUCUAUGGCAGCUUGGUUCCAGCGCAAGUAUGAGUUGGCCAUUUUCACAACAGCCUUGUCUGCAUUUUUAAGUUGGCCGUUUGCAGGUCUCAUUGGAUUACCAAUUGCUGUUGACCUAGUCCUAAGAAAGGGUGACAUAGCUCGAUUCUUACGAUGGAGUGCCAUAUCAACUGUGGCAAUUGUGCCCAUUAUGAUAUGGUUGGACUCUCAGUACUAUGGUCGCAUUGUGUUUGCGCCCAUCAACAUUGUCUUAUACAAUGUGUUUUCAUCACAUGGACCAGAUUUGUACGGAACAGAGCCAUGGUCAUUCUAUUUUGUCAACUGUUUUUUAAACUUUAAUUUUGUAUCAAUAUUUGCUAUCCUUACACCAUUUGUUUUGUUCGUUUCAGAAUUUGUGGUCAAAUCUCAGCCUAGACAUUCAGCAUGUCUACCAUUCUGGUUGUCGUUAAUGCCACUUUACCUAUGGUGUGUGGUGUUCUUCCUGCAGCCACAUAAGGAAGAGAGAUUUCUUUUUCCAGUGUAUCCUCUCAUUUGUCUAUGUGGUGCAGUGACUGUUGAUACUUUGCAAAAGUUGUGGUUUGCUCUUUUAAUACAAUUUCGUAAAAAAAACAAGGCAGACAGCAAGAAAAUGCACUAUCUGAAUGACACAAUUCCUAUUUUUGUCUUUGUCGUAGCUAUUUGUUCUAUUCUUGGCGUGUCACGCAUUCUUUCCCUGCAUAAAGGUUAUCACGCUCCCAUGGAUAUUCUGAUGGAGUUGGGUGGUUUAGAGAGCAGUGGAGAGCUCCCCAAGGGGAAUAUAAAUGUUUGUGUUGGUAAAGAGUGGUAUAGGUUCCCUUCGAGUUUCUUUUUGCCCAAUGACCGAUUCCACCUUAGAUUCCUUCAAUCAGAAUUUAAGGGACAGCUCCCUGCUCCCUUCAGCAGUGGUCAGAAUGCAACUGCCAUCAUACCGAAAAACAUGAAUGAUCAAAAUCUUGAAGAGCCUUCAAGAUAUUUUCCUGUAGAAAAAUGUCACUUUUUGAUUGAUGCCUAUCUAGGCUCUGAAUCUCCUCUUGAGCCACAUUAUGCGAGUAAUAAUUCUGCAUGGACUGUUGUUAAGAGCCUUCCUUUCUUGAAUGCUGCAAAGUCAGGAAAGUUUUUCCGAGCCUUCUACUUUCCAUUUUUGUCUGCAAAAUUCUGUGAGUAUGGUACCUAUUAUUUGUUGAGGUCCUUGCAAACAUAACAUUCCACUUAUUUAAGUCUCAAGUUUUCUCUCUGUAAGAAUCUUUACACAAAGGAAUUAGUAUGUGCUCAAUACAUUUUUUUUUAAUUCUUUACUAAAUACAGCAUUGAGUUUCCAUGUAGUUAAGAAGUAUCAUGUUUGUAUGUUCAAUGAGGAUUAGUACAAAGAUUAACCAAAGGUUCUCACUUAAGUUUUCUGAAAACAGUGGUCUUGGCAUAUUUUAUAUUAGCUGAUGUAAGAGUAUAGUGUCUUUACUCUUUUCUACCCCAACUGGGUAAAACUUUUGUACAAAAGUUGUCCUCUGGAUCUUUGUCCUAUUAGCAUUGUAUUUGAUUGGCUUGAUGCAUUUUUAUAUUCCUAAUUAUUAACUUAGAACACUAUUUGGCUUUCUGGAAUGGAGUGCCCUUCCGUCUCCUUUGCACAUGUUUCAGUUUAUAGUCCGAGGUAAGUUUUUUUCAUUCAGGUAUCUUUUUACCACACAUAUGGAAUUGAGUAUGAAAAUCCUCGUUAAUACAUGAGUUUUCACUAAGGAAGUUGUGCACAGCUAGUUAUUAACAUUAAACUUAAGUAAAAAUAUACUUUUUGUAAUAUGUGAUAUAUUUAUAUUGUUAUUAUUUCAAGCUCAAUAAGUUAUUGAUUGUCUUUUUUUAUCACUCCAGUUUUUACUCGUUUUUCUAGUCUUGUGGUGUUGUCUCCAGUUGAUAGAUGUUUUGUGUAGAUUGGGUUAGGUUGGGGGGGAGGAAAAUUAGAGUUUUGAAGAAGAAAAAAUGGGAAAAGAUUUAGGAUUUAAUAUGUAACUUUUUUUUUAAAUAUAAUUAAUAGUUUGUAACAAUUGUAUCACAAUGGUUCAAUUAAGUGGCAUACCUUGUAUGAGGAGAACCAUGUGGUCCAAUCAAAUUAUCUUUAAGAUUGAAUUUAUCCUUCAAGUAGAUUGA